AUGGAAACCAUCCAUAACGAUGCAAAUAACAUUCUGGAGACGAUCAAAAAAGCAUGGAUCAGACUGCGUUAUCUCCAUCCUUCUCUUGCCACAGAAGUUGGCCAAAAGGAAUUCCGGUAUAUGGCUCUCAAAAGUAAAGAGGAUAUUGAAAAUUGGCUGGAGAAGACUUUCAUCGUUAAAGAGUGUGACUCGCAUGCGGAAGUACAAGGCUGUCAAGACCUCAGUAUCGCACCUGCUGCCCAGUCGCCUGUACUCUACUACUUCCCUGGCAAGAAAAGAUUAAUUCUGCGCAUGGAUCACAUGCAUGGGGAUGGACAAGCGGUUGUGAACAUGCUACAAGAUCUCUUUACUGAGAUCCAGCGCUUGAACUUGGGUGGAGGAAUUGUGAACGAACCUUGGGGUGCGGAAGUGCACAACCUUGCUUCUAGUGCAUUCGACGCUGCGGGAAUAACCACCUUGGAAGAUUCCUGGUCCUCGAAUCUUGUCUCGUCUUUGCCCCAGCCACGAGCAGAGGGAGAGGCGUUCGAAAUACCUUCCUUUAAUAACACGCACCCACCUGGAGCAGGCAAGACACAAUCUCUCGACUUUUCCGAAAACGAAACAUCUGAGCUUCUGGAUCAAGCCCAAAAACAGAAUUUGGGGAUCACUGCUUUUGUGCAUGCAGCACUUCUCCAUGCCGGAAAGAGAAUUAGCCCCAAUUCUGAAAGCAUGGUCCAUUCAACCGUUCUUAUUUUCAGUUUUCGAGAAAGAUGUACCGACUCGCCUCCCAAUGCCAAUGCAAGGGCUGCUGCUCUGCGGAUUGGCUUUUGGCCUAUACAGGUGUCGAUGUCGGAUGAUUUUCAACGUACAGCCUUGCAUAUUAAACAUGAAUACAAGUCCCUUGCUCAUCGAAAGUCUGCUGCCCUUAUCACGAUGGUACCAUAUUUACAGAAAUGCGCGUCAGCACUGUCUCAAGAAUACUUCAAGGCAAUACUACCCAGCUUCAUUGGGAAUCUCUCGAAAGUCUUCCCGAAAAGCUACGGAUCUUUCAAAGUCCGGGACUUCUGGAUGGCUGCGGUCCCAACCGACGAACGAAUUUAUCUUGGAAUCCAGACCUUUGGUAAUAAAUUGUCUAUCAGGGCCUGUUACAACCAAACAUAUCAUACAGAUGAGCAGAUAGCCAACUACCUUCUGCAAAUUAGACAAGAGAUGUAUGCCGGUCUGACAACUGAUGUUGAAAAGCUCAAUUUCCUGUCGAUGUUAACCUUGCAAGGCUAG